AUGGUCCUCCACAACCCGAACAACUGGCAUUGGGUCAAUAAAGACGCCGGGCCCUGGGCCAGAGAAUAUUUAGACACUGAAGUCAAGAAGGUCUCGGCGGAAGAGGAUGGAGUGUCGGCAAAGAUCACAAGGCUGAUCUCAAUGGACGGCGAUGUGGAAGUGAGUCAGCGGAAGGGCAAAGUCAUCACAAUAUUUGAUGUUGCGUUACAAUUAGAAUAUGAAGGCAAGACUCAAGAAGGCACCGAUGUCAGUGGGAGUAUCAGAGUUCCAGAAUGUGCUUAUGACACGGAACCCGAUGACUACGUGUUUGAGAUUGACAUCUAUUCCGAGAAGAAGGAGAAACAGCCCGUUAAAGAUCUCGUCCGGUCGAAAUUGGUCCCUCAACUACGACAAGUGUUUUCGAAAUUCGGGCCUGCCCUGGUCGAAGAGCAUGGCAAAGACCUUCAACACGCGCCUGGCUCGAACCCUUCGAGCGGCUUCGCAACUCCCACGUGGCAUCCUGAAAAAGAACGCAAGCCUUUGUCUCCCGCACCCACCACAACCUCCACGAGCGGCGCAUCGUCCAUCAACACAACGACCGUCACGGCUACGGAUGAAUUUCGCACGACUGCAGAAGAGAUGUACCAGACGUUUACCGAUCCCCAGCGACUCGCAGCCUUCACGCGGGCACCUCCUCGACUAUUCGAAGGCGCUAAGGUGGGCGGGAAGUUCGCCAUCUUCGAUGGCAAUGUCACUGGGGAGUUCGUCGAACUAGAGCCACCCAAGAAGCUUAUCCAGAAAUGGAGACUAGCGCAGUGGCCGGAAGGACACAUGAGCACCCAGGAAAUCUUCUUCGACCAGAACGAUGUCGACCGAGUGACUAACAUGCGCGUGACUUGGACUGGAGUACCGGUGGGACAAGAAGAGGUGGUGCAGAGAAAUUGGGAGGGCUACUACGUUCGCAGCAUCAAGCAGACAUUUGGGUACGUGUUUCAGGCUGGUUGA